GCUGCUGACUCCUCUUCUCUCCACCACCAUGAUCCCCGCGCUCUCCCUGCUGCUGGGCGCGGCGCUGCUCUGCGGCCACGGCGCCUUCUCUCGCCGCGUGGUGAGCGGCCAAAAGGUGUGUUUUGCUGACAUAAAGCAUCCUUGCUACAAAAUGGCCUACUUCCAUGAGCUGUCCAGCCGAGUGAGCUUCCAGGAGGCCCGGCUGGCCUGCGAGAGUGAGGGAGGCGUCCUCCUCAGUCUUGAGAAUGAAGCAGAACAAAAAUUAAUAGAGAGCAUGUUGCAAAACCUGACAAAACCUGGAACAGGGAUUUCGGAUGGGGAUUUCUGGAUUGGUCUUUGGAGAAAUGGAGAUGGCCAGACAUCUGGUGCCUGCCCAGACCUCUAUCAGUGGUCUGAUGGAAGCAACUCCCAGUACCGAAACUGGUACACGGAUGAACCUUCUUGUGGAAGUGAAAAGUGUGUUGUGAUGUAUCAUCAGCCGACUGCCAAUCCUGGCCUUGGGGGGCCUUACCUUUACCAGUGGAAUGAUGACAGGUGCAAUAUGAAGCACAACUAUAUCUGCAAGUACGAGCCAGAGAUUAGUCCAACAGAUCCUGUAGAAAAGCCUUACCUUACAAAUCAACCAGGAGACACCCCUGAGCAUGUGGCUGUUACAGAAGCAGGAAUCAUUCCCAAUCUAAUUUAUGUUAUUAUACCAACGAUCCCACUACUCCUACUGAUACUGGUUGCUUUUGGGACCUGCUGCUUCCAGAUGCUACAUAAAAGUAAAGGGAGAACCAAAACCAGCCCAAACCAGUCUACACUGUGGAUUUCCAAGAGCACCAGAAAGGAAAGUGGCAUGGAAGUAUAAUAAUUCAUUGACUUUGUCCCAAAAGUAAAAAGUAGUUUUGUAAUUCUGGAUCAGUAUAAGGAAUGGCAUCAGAACAUAAGCUUGGAAUGGCUUGAAAUCUCAAAGGAUUUGCAAGAUGAACUGUCAGCUCCCCCUUGAGGGAAAUAUUAAAAUAACUUUUGUAUGUUUAUUAUUUCAUUUACAAACUAUGCUGUGCUAUUAAUGGAGUGAGACAUGCUUAUUUUGCUAGAGGUUGCACCCAAACGUCAAGUAAAUGGAAUGGACCAUGCAGACAAAACUGCUGUCAACACAUCAGAAGUAUGUGUGUUAGAAGCAGUUGUUUCAAUUGCUUUCACCUUUCAUAAUUUAUGUCGUUAAUGUAAUGUAAAUUGUAUUGAUAUCUACAGUGUGCAGAAGUAUUUUACCUUUGCAUAAGUGUUUGAUAAAAUGGACUCUUCUAAUA